AUGUCAUCGAAAAAUACUCGUAUCGCUAUUGUCAGCGAGGAUAAGUGUAAGCCAAAGAAAUGUCGUCAGGAAUGUAAGAGAUCUUGUCCCGUGGUUAAGACUGGUAAGUUAUGUAUAGAAGUGAUGCCUACUUCCAAGAUUGCGUUUAUCUCUGAAAAUUUGUGUAUCGGUUGUGGUAUUUGUGUUAAAAAGUGUCCAUUUGAUGCUAUUCAAAUCAUCAAUUUGCCAACGAAUUUAGAUUCUCAAGUGACACAUCGUUAUUCGGCAAACUCUUUCAAGUUGCAUCGUUUGCCCACUCCAAGACCGGGUCAGGUUUUGGGUCUUGUCGGUACCAACGGUAUUGGUAAGUCUACUGCAUUGAAGAUCUUGGCAGGUAAGCAAAAGCCUAACCUUGGUCGUUUCGAAGAUCCUCCAGAAUGGCAAGAGAUCAUUAAAUAUUUCCGUGGUUCUGAAUUGCAGAACUAUUUCACUAAGAUGUUGGAAGAUGAUAUCAAAGCUAUCAUCAAGCCACAAUAUGUGGAUAACAUUCCUCGUGCCAUUAAGGGCCCCGUCCAAAAAGUUGGCGAGUUGUUGAAAUUGAGAUUGGAGAAAUCAAAAGAUGAUGCUAAGAGGUAUAUCGAUAUCUUACAGUUAAAGAAUGUUUUGAACAGAGAAGUCUCUGCCCUUUCAGGUGGUGAAUUGCAAAGAUUUGCUAUCGGUAUGUCUUGUGUUCAGGAAGCAGAUGUUUAUAUGUUCGAUGAACCUUCUUCUUAUUUGGAUGUUAAGCAACGUUUGAACGCUGCUUUAAUUAUCAGAUCUCUAUUGAAUCCAACCACAUACGUUAUCUGUGUGGAGCACGAUUUAUCGGUGCUAGAUUAUUUGUCGGAUUUUGUUUGUAUUAUUUAUGGUGUGCCUUCUGUUUAUGGUGUUGUUACUUUACCAUCUUCUGUCCGUGAAGGUAUUAAUAUAUUCUUAGAUGGUCACAUUCCGUCUGAAAAUUUGCGUUUCAGAACUGAAGCGCUACAAUUCCGUAUGGCUGAUGCUGGUGAUGAAUUGGAAGCCGAUGCAAGCCGUGCAUUCACUUACCCAGAUAUGAAACGUACACAAGGUGAUUUCUCUCUAACCGUUGAAGCAGGUGAAUUCUCCGAUUCUCAAAUCUUGGUUAUGAUGGGUGAAAACGGUACUGGUAAGACAACAUUAAUUAAACUUCUUGCAGGUGCUAUUCCUGCUGAUGAUGGUCAAGAUAUUCCUAAGUUGAACGUUUCAAUGAAGCCCCAGAAGAUUGCUCCAAAGUUCACUGGUACUGUGCGUCAAUUGUUCUUUAAGAGAAUUAGAGCACAAUUCUUGAACCCACAGUUCCAAACUGAUGUCGUUAAGCCUUUGAAAAUCGAUGAUAUCAUUGAUCAAGAAGUUCAGCAUUUGUCUGGUGGUGAAUUACAGAGAGUGGCUAUUGUGCUUUCUUUGGGUAUGAAUGCUGACAUUUACUUGAUUGAUGAACCAUCUGCCUACUUAGAUUCUGAACAACGUAUCAUUUGUUCUAAAGUUAUCAGACGUUUCAUCUUGCAUAAUAAGAAAACUGCAUUCAUCGUCGAGCACGAUUUUAUCAUGGCUACAUAUUUGGCCGAUAAAGUCAUCGUGUUCGAUGGUAUCCCAUCUAAGCAAGCUUUCGCUAGAGCUCCAGAAAGUUUGUUGACUGGUUGUAACAAAUUCUUAAAGAACUUGAACGUUACCUUCAGAAGAGAUCCAACCUCUUUCAGACCAAGAAUCAAUAAAUUAGACUCCCAAAUGGAUAAAGAACAAAAGUCAUCUGGUAACUAUUUCUUCUUAGACCACAAUGGUGUUUAA